UUGAUAGAUCGACGAGAGUGGACGAACCGAGUCCGAAACAAAACAUUGUUAGCAACAUGGCCGAUUUAGAUGAUUUCUUUGCCAAGAAAGACAAGAAAAAGUCGAAGAAACCAAAAUUUCUUACGGCCGAAGAAUUGGUAAAGAACUUGGAAGAAACAAAGCGCGAAGUAGCAAAAGCGAAAAAACUUGAAACAGCCGUAGUAGUACCAGCAGCCGCCGCACCAACUGAAGGCGAGGUUGAGGAGAAACCAAAACCAGAACCACAGGUGGAAGAUGAAUGGAAGGAAAUUGAGGAGGAGCAGCGUAAAGAUUAUUCCGGUCUUAAAAUCGGCCAAUUGAACGUAAACGAUGAAGAUGAUGAGACCGAUUCCGAAGGUCAAGACGAUGAUGGCGAAGGUGAUGGCAACCAAUACAAUGAGUCUUCGAAGCGUAGUGGUGGCAGACCAUGGAAGAAAGUCAUACCCGCAGAAGAGGUAACACAGAUACCAAUGGAAAUGCCUAAGCCUGUUUCUAAAGUUUAUGUGUCGCCUGCUUUAAGAGCUGCUCAACAAGGAUUAGGAGGCUCCGGUAUGAAAACUAAACUUCGCAAUAAAGCUGCUCCUGAUAUUACCAAUGCCGACUUCUUCCCCACCUUGGGUGCUGCUCGUCCCGAAGAGCAACGGAAAAAGAAAAAUGAACCUGCAUUUGAAGAAGUUCGCCAUGGCAUGCGCGUGCAAAGAGUUAAAGAACAAACUGUCGCACCUAGUGCAGCCACUAACCGUUUCCAAUCGCUGGACGAAGCCGAAAGCUAGACCUUUAAAUAAACAUAAUCAUUCUACAAAAUAAAAAAAGAGUGGCCGGCCGGGUGUUAAUAAAAAGCAGUCAUUGACAUUUGGCAAAGACUCCAACGACUAAACUCGUUUAAACUUCAUAACAGACAUAUUUUCUUAUUCUGCAAACAUCUAUUACAAAACAGAAACAAAUUCACACACACAAAUUUCCUCCUCUUCCUGCUGGCAUCGGGAACAGAUCACAGCCAGCAGCGAAGAGGAGGAAGUAUUAUGUAAAUUUAUGGAAUUUUCUUUAAAAAAAUCGUUUUUUUUAAA